AAAGCAAAUGGUCCAAUGUUUCGUUCAAUUUUGUUGGCUCAACAAUCAACAUCAACAAUUGGCAAAUUUUGAUGAUUAUCAACAAUUAUGUUAACUGUUAAGGUAAAUUCUUACCGAUGAAUUAGAUUUAUGUUCAAUUGUUACAUGACAGUUAAUCAAUUAGGAUCAUUGAACUUAAUCAACAUCAACUGCGGACAAACAAAUUAAUAAUUUAAGUGUCAAUUAGUUAAUUGUGUUUAUUUGUGUGUAAAAGUUAAUUGCGUGUCUUUUUAAUUGUGUUCUGAUCAUAUCUCAUAAUUGGAUUAUAAUAACAAUGACAAUUGAUUUGGAUUUAAAGUGAUCAACUUUGUGUUUCCAAUAUUUUUUAAUUGUCAUUUAAGUCAAUUAAUAUAAUUAAUUAAUCAAUUUUAUUACAAUCAAUAAGGAUUCAUGGCUUCACAAUCAAAUUUAAUCACCACACAGUCAACAAGCAACUCGAGUCUAAUUAGACUCUUGAUCAUGUUAAUUGUCAACAUUAAUUGUGGAUACACAUUGAAAGUGGAUGGAUUUACCGAAUUGAUUGCAUUCACUGGAACUAAGGCUCGACUAACAUGUAAUGCAACCAUGUGGAGUGAUGAUGUCUCUCUCAUCAUUUGGUAUCGAGGUAUAACUGGGAAACCACUGAAUAGCCUCGAUGCAAGGAGAUCUUCAUCAUCUCCAGCCACAUCCUUAUCUUCAUCUUCUUCAUCACCAUCUACCUCAUCUAUAAAUAUCAACAAUUCGGAUGGACAAUCAACGGAUCCAUCCAAAUACUAUUUUGAUACCUCAUCAGAUCCAUCGGUUUUCGUUAUCGAUCGAAUCACAGAAUCCGAUUCAGGAGAUUAUCGUUGCCGGAUAGAUUAUCGAUUAUCAAGAACUCGAAACUAUGUAGUUCGCCUUAACGUAAUCUCUUUACCAGAAGAAGUGAUAAUAACCGAUACAAAGGGUCAAAGGGUGAAUCAAGUGAUUGGACCAGUUGACGAAGGAACCAACUUAGUGCUUUACUGUGAAGCUUUUGGAAAACCUGAUCCAACUGUGACUUGGUGGAUCUCAGAUGAAACCUUAUUAGAUGAUAGUUACUCAAAAAGUGCCCGAGGUGUAAUUCGCAAUGAAUUAACACUCAAUUCGCUCAAUAGAUCAAUUUUAAUGAAAGAGAUUACCUGUCGUGCUUCCAAUACAAACUUGACCAGUCCAAAAGAAGAAUCAAUUUUCAUCGAUUUAAACUUGCGUCCAUUGGAGGUUAUUAUAACAUCUCCUGAGAAACAAUUAUCAGCGGGUAAACAAGUGGCCUUUGAAUGUCGGACUAUUGGGUCACGACCUCGUCCAUUUAUAAGCUGGUGGUUGAAUAGAAUCAAAUUAACACCCAUUUCUGAAACUACAAACGGAGAUGGAAACUUGACCAUUAACACUGCUUCUUUUAUAUUUAAGUCGAAUCAAAAUGGAAAAUUUUUCUCCUGCCGAGCCGAAAAUCCAAAUCUUGACGAUAGUUCAAUCGAGGAUGGAAUGAUGCUCAAUAUCUAUUAUGUGCCUUCAUUACGAUUAACUUUAGGACCAAAUAUUAAGGGUGAAAAUAUUCGAGAAGGAUUCGAUGUCUACCUCGAAUGUCACAUAAACGCCAACCCAUGGGUCUUUGAAACUUCUUGGCUUUUCGAGGGCAAACCAUUGAUUUCCGAUCCAUCGAAACGAAUAAUAAUCGCUAAUCAGUCAUUAGUCCUUCAGAACAUAUCAAAGUUGAGCAGAGGUCGAUACCAAUGUGUCUCUAGGAACGAAGAAGGUCUUGGUUCGUCCAAUCAGCUUUUUCUUCGAGUUCAAUAUGCACCAAUUUGUUCAGGUAAAUAUGGAACCAAAUAUCCAAUGGCAUUGGCACGUAAUGAAAGAGCCAAAAUAACCUGUGAGGUUGAUUCGGAUCCGGAAGAUGUUACCUUUAAAUGGUAUCUCAAUAAUUCAUCGGAAACCAUUGAGAUAAAAAGUUUCUCAACCAAUGGAACCCAGAGUUUACUUUCAUAUUCACCACGAACCAGAUUAUCUUAUGGUUCCUUGUUGUGUAUGGCUGAAAAUUCAGUGGGUAAACAAAAAGAUCCAUGUUUAUUUCAUAUUAUUCCUGCUGGACCUCCUCAACCUCCAGCUAAUUGUUUCCUCAGUAAUCAAUCAAUGACAUCAAUUCUGGUUAAUUGUGAACCUGGUGAUGAUGGUGGAUUGAAACAAUUUUUCACCAUGGAAGUGAUUGAAGCCAAUUCAUAUAAUUCACUAAUUAAUUUAACUUCAAAUGAUCAACCAACUUUCCUAGUUGAUCAUCUUCCACCCGGAACCUCAAUUAGAUUCACAAUUUAUUCAACUAAUUUAAAGGGUAAAAGUGCUGCCAUCUCGAUCCUUGGAUCUACUUUAGGUCCACCUGAGAAACAAACAUCACCAACUUCAUCACUUUCAGAUAAUGAGCCAGUUGAUUGGUUAAUUUGGUUAAUUGCGAUCGUUUUAAUUAUCUUAAUGGUUACAAUUUUAAUCUUAAUUGGUCUUCGAUUAAUUGGUAACAAGGGACCAGCUCAGAAUCAAGGUUUCGUCUCAAUUGAAUAUGAGGCUCAUCCAAUGAGCCAAGAAGAUAUUAAAUCAUCUGGGAUAAUCUCAACUCCAUUUAAAUCCAAUGAAACUUGUGACGGUUAUCCAACAUCAACUUCAAUCGUUUAUAAGUUGAACACCUCCUCAUUACAGACAUCAAUUGAUGAUCAUAUAAGAUAUGAGACUGGAAUUGAAUCAACAGUUGAUUAUCCGACGACGAUGUUUCUUGAAACAACACUUUUUGAAGGAACCAUUGAUGAAACUGGAUUAGAGAAACAAUUUAUUCCCUUUGGGAAAAUUAAUUUAACAUCAUCACAAUCAAAUCAUGGUCAUCAUGAUCAUGAUUGCUCACAAAUAGAUACUAAUGAUUAUUCAUUGCGACAUAUAUACCAACAAUUUACCGAUAACACAAUUAAAGAUAUUCCUCUAUGACGAUUGAUUAAAUUUUAUUUUUACCAUUAAAUUGGCGAGUUAAAUUGACCAUCAUCAAGUUAAUUACUCAAAUUGUGAUAUAAAUUGUGGUCAAUAUCUUCAAAAAUCAGCAACUUAAUUACAACAAUUGAAAACUUUUUUUUUGUUUUCUUGAUUGCUGUUGAUUUGAUUCUGAUUAAUAAUUGGAAGCAAUUUAAAACUGAUCAACGUGACCAACAUUUAACUACAUUACCAUCAUUAAACUAAUGGUUAUGAUUAAUAAAUUGUUACAUCUCUUUUUUAUGUAUUAAAUUAUAACCACUUUAAGCUGGAUAAUAUCAACGAUGAUUAUCAAACAAUCAAUUUAAUUGCAGGGAUAAUGAUUACGAUUAACAUUUGAUCAUAAAAAUAUCAACGAUACAAUUUUUUUGUUAAUUUUGUCGCUGACAAGUGAUCAGUUUUAAUUGUAACUGAUAUAAUCGGAGUUAAUCUGGUUGUUUGAUCACAAUUAAAAUGAUACCAAGAAAAAAAAACACAAUUAGUUAAUUGUAAAAGAUAUAAAUUGUAUUUCUAUAAAUAAUAAUUAAGCUUUAUUUUUGUAUUGAUGAUAAAACUAACAUUUGAUAAUAAUAAUAAACAUUAACUUUUUUUUGUCUGA